AAAAGAAGCAGAAUUUGUAUUUAUGUUGACGUAGGAAAUUGGUAAAAAUAUUUGUUUUGAAAUUUAUAACAUUCUUAAUUAUUUUAUAUAAAUAAAACGUUACAAAGCUAUGAACAACAUAUAGCCAAUGUGAAAAAUUAUAACAAAUUGAAAAUAAAGUGAAAUAGUGUUAAAGAAAUACGUUAAAUUUAAGCAACAGCGGCAGGAUGCAUAAUGUUGAGGGAUUUAUAGCGCUACUGGAAACAACAGCGGUUGUAACCACAGUUUUACAAUACUUAUCGGGAGCCAUUAUAUGCCGCAAAUAUAUCAAAAAGAAAUCAACCGGCGAUUCUUCUGGUUUUCCUUUUAUAUGUGGAUUUUUAUCCUGCAGUUAUUGGGUUCAUUAUGGCAUGUUAAGCGAAGAGCGUAGUGUAGUUUUGGUUAAUACCAUUGGUGUUACCUUAUUCCUGAUUUACACUCUGAUUUAUUAUGUUUUUACUGUUAAUAAGAAUGUUUAUGUAAAACAGUUCCUCUUUGUGUUAACGGCAUUAUUUGGUAUUGUUUUUUAUAUUAACGGUAUCACGGAUGUGGGACAGGCACAAAAUUUUAUGGGUAUUGUUUGCUGUAUUGUAACAGUUUGCUUUUUUGCGGCACCGCUUACCAAUCUUUUGCAUGUGAUACGAGUUAAAAACUCCGAAAGUUUACCUUUUCCCUUAAUAGUUAUGUCAUUUUUGGUUUCUAUACAAUGGCUAAUAUAUGGCAUUAUAAUAUCCGAUACAUUUAUACAGUUACCCAACUUUUUAGGUUGCGUAUUAUCGCUAAUGCAACUUUGUCUAUUUGUUUGUUAUCCGCCAAAAAGUUUUGCUGGUCAAGGCUAUAAACUUGUAGACCAAACUGUGGUAUUUUAAACUUAUACAACAACAAAAUGCAAUUUUGUAUACAAUUAUGAAAAAAAACAUAACAACAAAAGACUUACAAAACUUUUUUUUAAAAAACAGAAUUUGUAAUUGUUUACUAAAGCUGAAAUUAAUUGUACAUACAAAACGUAUUAUUUUUUUAUAUUUGUUCCAUGGCUAUUUUCUAUACUCUCUCUCUUCUGCUCUUUUUAAAAAGCCAGUAAAAUUUACUUAAUUAAAAAUUUAUAAUUUAGAGGCUUAAAACUUAAUUAAAAAUUGUAUUUAAUAACAAAUAAUAAGAAAAAAUUGUUUACCUCUUUCUUUGUGCUGGACAAAAAUACCAUUA